CCCAAAACAGGACAAAUUUCAUGAACCCAUUGCUUUCAUUAAUAUUUUCACACAUAAACAAUUCCUAACUUGUUUUAAUUUGUAGCUAGCUCUCUUUAAAAGAGUUUAUUUAAUUUAAAGUUUGGUAAAUAGUCUGUAUAUCCCACAAUCGCAAAAUGCCACCAACAAAAAAUGUUUUGUCUAUUAAAGAUAAAAUGGAAAUUAUCAAUGUGUUCGAGAAAGAAAAAAUAAGUGUUCGUGAGAUUGCGAAAAGGUUCUAUAUUAGCAAAUCGCAAGCUGCAGAUAUUAAAAAAAAUAGAGAAACCAUUCGUUCUAAAUGGGAGUCUGGAGCUAAUGUUCUUCAAAAGAGAAGUUUUAUAAAAGAAGGAGGAUCUGAUAUUGACAAAAUGUGUUUUGAUUGGUUCACUAAGGCUAGAAGACAAAACAUUCCUGUUUCUGGUCCGAUUGUACAAGCUAAGGCGAAAGAAGUAGCGCGGAAGUUGGGUGUAUUAAAUUUUGUUGCAUCAGAUGGAUGGUUAAAUCGAUGGCGCAUAAGAAAUAAUGUUGCUUUUAGGAGCAUAUCUGGUGAGACUUCAGAUGUAAGCUCAAUGGAUGUUGAGCAAUUCAAGGCAAAGCUACCAUCUCUGCUACGCGACUACAAGCCAGAAGACAUUUACAAUGCCGACGAAAGCGGACUAUUCUUUCGUGCAUUACCUGACAAAACUCUCGGUCUUAAGUCCGAAAAAUGUAUGAGUGGCCAAUUAUGUAAGGAGAGGCUAACAAUCCUAUUUUGUAUAAACAUGGCUGGACAAAAGGAACAGCUUUUGGUCGUUGGAAAAGACACCCUUCCUCGACCAUUUAAACAUCUUUCUUUAAAUGAACUUCCAGUGGAUUGGCAAUCUAACCACAAAGCAUGGAUGACUCAUGAAAUCAUGACUACAUGGCUAACUCAACUAAAUAGGAAAAUGAAAUUUCAAAAUCGGAAAAUUAUUUUGUUCUUGGAUAAUGCAGCAACACAUCAAAGUCAUAUGAACUUUACAAACAUUAAAAUAAUUUUCUUGCCUCCAAUUACAACCGCAGUUUGCCAACCUCUUGAACAAGGCAUAAUACAAAAUUUUAAAAUUGAAUAUAGAAGCUUAAUGUUACAACACUUGCUCCCAAAAAUCGAUUCAGCGAGUUCGGCAUCAGAGUUAGCAAAUUCCGUUAAUGUUCUUGAAGCUUUAUACUUCAUUCAAACCUCGUGGAAUAAAAUUAAAGCCACAACCAUCAAAAACUGCUUUCUUAAAGCUGGUUUCCCACACACCAAUCAAAGUUUGCCCGAUUUUAUUGACGAGGAUGAUAAGUUUCGGGUCACGUACAGAAAUUUAAAAAAUGUAAUACCUUUUAAUUUUGACGAUUUUGUUGAAAUUGAUAAAGUUGUCUUUACUGAAGAAAAUUCUAUUGAAAUACAAGUUGAACCAGACCUUGCAGAGAUUAGUUACUCCGAUGACGAAACAAUUGAAGAAAUUGCCGAGCCAAUAGUAUCGUACAAAGACGCAUUUGAACAUAUUGCUUUAUUGAAGCAAUUUGCAAGAGAUGACUUUACAGCCUUCAAUCUCUUAAAGAAUGUAGAGACUCAUUUUGAAACUCAACUCCUUAAGCUUAACCAAUCAAGGCUUAAACAGCCGACUAUAAUUAAAUUUUUUCAACCAAAUUAAACUUGUGUAAUGGCUAAAAUUAAAUGUAAACUUGUAUUCAACUUAUGCAUACAAACAUAAGUAUAUUAAUAUAAUACAAAUUUGUCAGUUAGAAAUAUAAAUAAUUUUGUAAAACAUAGAAUAUUUUUUUUAAAUCAGAACCUCAGUUCAUUUUCGAUACUCUAAGAACACAUUUUUAACUUACUCGUAAGUUUUGGUUGUUGUUGUUUUAACGGAGAUCUAAUCCCCGUUGGGAUGGUAAAUAUCAUUUGUGUUGUCGUCGAG